GCACGGCAACGUGAUGACGCAAUCUGUGUACACACUGCGUGAGUGGCAGCUUGUUUCCUGAGAAUAGAAAUCCCCCCCAAGUCAUCUAAUCAAACAUUUUCUGUGUAUGCGGAUUGAUUCAGUUACAGUUAGACGUUUGCUCCUGCGUGAAGUUCGUAGUGGCAGCCACGUGUACAUGAAAUAUAACCUAGCUAACAGUUUUGUUUUGCUCGUACGACGAUGUAUUCUCACCAUUGCUAGGUGGGCUAGCUAACUAGUCAGUGCCUUAUCUCUUCAAUUUCCUGCUAUUUAUUUUGAGCAGCGUUCCAGAUUUUGUGUCGUUGGAGCUCAACACUAGACAGGUGUGUUCAUCAGUCCGUGAGCAAGCAAGGACACUGAACUUGGAAGAAGCCAUGGCUAACUACUGGAGAACGGCUUGGUGCAGACACCUUCUGGCUGUGUCCAUGGCCCUGUUCUGCCUGCUCCACAACACCAUGGACGUCCAUGCCCGACCAGCUAACAUGUCAUCCCUGAAGGACAAGAACAACCCCACCAGUAAAGAGGAGAAUGAGAUCCUUCCCCCAGACCAUCUGAACGGGAUGAAGCUGGAGAUGGAUGGUCACAUCAACAAGGACUUCCAUCAGGAGGUGUUCCUGGGUAAGGAGAUGGAGGAGUUUGAAGAGGACUCUGAGCCCAGGAGGAACAGGAACAAGCUCAUUGACAUCUUCAGCAAGGUGGACUUUAAUAAAGAUAAGAGCGUCAGUGCCAAGGAGAUGCAGCGCUGGAUCGUGGAGAAGACAGAGGAACACUUCCAGGAGGCUGUGAGAGAGAACAAGAUGAGCUUCCAUGCUGUGGACCCAGAUGGAGAUGGCCAUGUGACAUGGGAUGAAUACCGGGUAAAGUUUCUGGCCAGCAAAGGAUUCAACAAGAAGGAAAUGGCUGACAAGAUAAAGAACAGUGAAGAACUGAAGGUAGACGAGGAGACCCAGGAGGUGCUGGAGAGUCUGAAGGACCGCUGGUUCCAGGCUGAUAACCCCCCAGCUGACCAGCUGCUGAACGAGGAAGAGUUCCUCUCCUUCCUGCACCCGGAGCACAGCAAAGGAAUGCUCAAAUACAUGGUCAAGGAGAUUGUUCGCGACCUAGACCAGGACAGUGACAAGAAGCUGACUCUUUCAGAGUUCAUCUCCCUUCCAAUGGGCACUGUGGAGAACCAGCAGGCUCAGGACAUCGAUGAUGACUGGGUACGAGAGAGGAAGAAGGAGUUUGAGGAGGUCAUCGAUGGCAACCAUGACGGCAUCGUAACCAUGGAGGAACUACAGGAGUACAUGGACCCGAUGAAUGAGUACAACGCGCUGAACGAGGCUAAGCAGAUGAUUGCUGUGGCCGACGAGAACCAGAACCACAACUUGGAACUGGAGGAGAUUCUCAAGUACAGUGAAUACUUCACUGGCAGCAAGCUCAUGGACUAUGCCCGGAAUGUUCACGAGGAGUUCUAAGCUCUAAAGACAAACUGUCCUACAAAAUCCUUCCCUUUCCCUUCUAAUGGGGGCGUCCUGGUAAGUCUGCUCUAACGACAGGUCUGUCUUAAAAAAAAAGCUUAAUGUUGGGAUGUUUUAGUGUGCAAUUGUGUUUAAAUCCUAGUCCCAGCCGACUGACCCGCCCUGGCCUCCUCUACUGACUCUUAAAGUAAGGCCUAAAACAUCCUUCAUUUCUGGACUGUCUGCCUCUUCUAAACAUCCAAUCAGAAUUAACCAUAGCCGAGGUCUGCCUUCUGUCUACAGUGGUACUCAAGUUGCAUUGUCUUACCUAUAUGUAUUGGUCUUUUUCAGUGCAUUCUAGACACUACGUCACCUUCAUGGUUCAUUUGUGUGGAUGCUAUAUUGUGAAAUGUAUGUAUAUGAGGGAUUCAAACAAGAUUCCUUUUUUUUAAUCCCCUCUAUCGAAGUAGUCUAAGUUGAGGAGGAUUACACAAUCAAACCUAUUAUUUGUAGCAGGGUCUCUAAUUUUACUCCAAACAUGUUGAUUUUAAACUCGCACAACAAUGGUAAAUCCAAAUAAAGAAGGUAUUUACAUCACGUAUUUUCAUUGCCAUUUCAAAAUGAGUUAUAGCCUACGUACGUACCACAAUGUUGCUUGGGAGUAACUGGUCUUUACGAAGUUAGCAAUCAUGUUGAUGAUUGAGCUGAACCACAGUAACCAUUCUCCACACUCACUGACUCCAUAAUGUGCUUGCUGCCCUUGUGAACAGUUAUUUUACAUUUUUCUAUUUGGUAAUGGGAGUACUAAGGGUUACACUGGUACAUUUUUAAUAGGUGUUUAUGAUUCUCUGUCCUGUUCUUUACAACUAGUGCUUAUGUGUGAUAAUUAUGUUUUAACUCCCUGCUGCAAUAGGUCAUAUUGUUUUCCAUACAUUUGUUUGCUUUUGUAUCUAUAAUUCCAAAUGGGAUUGUGCAUUUAAGCAUCUCCAAAAUGCUAGAGUCAAUCGUCAACAUCUCAGUUUAAUGUUUGAAACUGGUGUAAGAAAUUAACUUAUUUAUUUAUUUGUUGUUGGUCUGCAUUUUUGUUUUUGUUUUCUCUUAAAGCAAUUAUAUAAAUCUGUAAAAAUAAUAUUCAGUAUUUCCCCAGUGUUGUACUUUGUUGUUCAAUACUUAUGUUUUAUUCAGGUUAUGCUAAUUACAUAUUUUCCAUACAUUUCUGAUGAAUAUGACUUAAUUGUCAUUAAGAAAUCCCAUAUUACCCCUUGUCAUGCUUUGCCAAAGCUCUAUAAUAUAUGUAUAAUAUGCAUUCAUCAAUUGUUUUCCUGCUUCAAGGACAAUAUCCUGUGGAAAUAUCAGUAAUUUGAAUCCCUCUGAGCUCCUGUCAUCUCAUUAAAUUUAUUAAAGAGCUCAUACUAUCAGAAUGUGACAAAGCUUUAUACAUUGUAUUCCCGAUUUACUUGUAAACCAAUAAAUAUUUCUCAUCAA